UGAUGGAAACUGUUGGCUGGUCCUAUGAGCUAGCCCACUCCAUCAUACUAAAAAAACAUGCGAGCAGUUUUCUUAUCACUCGUCGGCGUUCCUCUCUCCACCGGACCCUUCCUAUCUCGCUAUUGCGGAGGCGGCGGCAGCGACGACGCCGGAGGGACGACCAGGAGGCGAUGGCUACCUCCCUCGAGUGUGGAGUAUUUCCCUUUCCCUCUCUCAUGCGGCAGCGAUUUGGAGGCGACGUGGGCGCUGCAAAGGUCCGGCGCAAGCUCGGCUGCGACAACGGACUUCUCCGACGCCCCUCUCCACAAUUGGCGGUCCUCUCGCCGGCAAAUGAGGAUUGAAAUUCUGCCAAGAAAUCUCAGAGCAGAAGAUGUUUGCAAGGGACUUGGGAGACGAGGCAAUGCUGCGCAGGCGAGAAAAUGGCAAUUUGGAUUCGUGGUUACCACCGGUCUCGAGUUAGAUUUAUUUCAAUUGCAACCAGGCAGAGUGUUGUGAAUUUGAAUUUGGGUGUGCAUGAUCUUACUAGCUUCUAAUUCUACUGAGCCAUACGGAUGAUGGUGUGUUUGCUCUCACACAUUUAUUCAAAGGAUCAUUGUGAUGAAUGAUACCAAUUCUAGGUUGCUGGAACUUGCAUCCAAUGCUUCUAUUCCCAACUGGUGAGUUUAUAGGUUGCAGUGUUUGUGGUGGUCUCCUCCUGAUGGAGCUCAGUAUAUGCCCUUCUUGUUUACCUAAAAAUCUCUUCUCUCCUAAGAUCUUGUAGGAAUCUUUCUUUUUUCCUUAAGAAGCAUGCUACCAAUGGACGUCAGAUGUUCCAGCACCGAAAAGUUGGUGACCAUGCUUGGGUGUUUCAGAAUUGAUAUGAAAAGCAUUUAUUUUUUACUUUCAGGGAUUGCUCCAUCUUGCAGUUUAUAAUACGGCUGGACAAUUACGAUUUCACAUAUAUCUGAAAAACCACAGCCCAUCUGUGUUCUAUAAACGUUGGUGUGGUCUUAUGUGCACCAAGAAUUCUGUCAUUAACAUAAGGUAUUUUACACCCGCACUGCAAACUGUUGAUAAAUCUGAUGUGUUGUUUGCACUGAGAAUUCUUACAUUUGCGUAAGGUAUUUUACACUGGCGUUGUGAACUCAUUGACGAUUAGCAUUCAUCAGCUAAGCACACCUCGAUGUACGCAGCUUGUAUAUUAAUAGGUCUUCAGAAAGGAGUAUAUCCAGUGUUUCUUCUCCUUACCUGUCACAUGCCACAGCUGUGCGAGGAUGUCGUCGGCCGUGUAUUGGGUGAUGGUGCGGUUGUUCUGCCGCCGGCUACUCUCCACAGGAGGAAGCACGUACGCAAGCAUGUAAUGGUCAUUUCUUUUUGUAAUUAGCAUGUAAUGGUCAUUGGGUAGCACACGAUGAUCGAUCCAUAUAGGAUGCUAUUAAUCUGGACUUUCGCAAUCUUUUAAACAGAACGUGAUACCAUAGUAGAUUUGCUAGUUAAUGAUA